CGCUCCAUCUCCUGCUUCCGGCUGCGCCUCGCUGCUCUGGGAGCGGCUGUAGCGGCGUACGCAGUUUCCAUGGAGACUGAAGAUGGCGCCGCGAGGUGAGAUUCCGGAGGUAAACGACUCUCCUCCACCCCGCUGGAAAUCCUGUUCUUUCUGAACGGGUGGUAUUAUGCCACCUACUUCCUGCUGGAACUCUUCAUAUUUCUGUAUAAAGUGCCUUCUUAUUUUUCAUUCUUUCCUGUAGCUCCUCUUCGCUGCAAGGUAGAAGGCUCUUCAUCAUAUGGCUUCUUUGAGAAUGAUUCAGUAGGAAGCCCCGCAGCAAGAAUCUCCUGAGUUUGAGAAAUGUGGGCUUCUUCAUCCUUACUCUCCCUCAUCGCCUCUUUUCAAUACUGCACGUUAAGCUCAUUGGUGACCCUCAGGAUCUAUUCAGCGGCCAGUGUACCCUUGUAGAUCCGAUCAUUUUGGAGAAUGGGGUCCUCACAGACUUUGGCUUAGGAGUAAAAUCUCCUAAUAAUGCGCGUGCCUCCAACAGUCGCACUAUGAGUUAACAUAUCCUGCAGCAGCUCUCCUCCUACCAUACCCAACAGCCAAUCUAGUCCUGGAUGUGGUGAUGCUCCUCCUUUACCUUGGAAUUGAAGUGAUCCGACUGUUUUUUGGUACCAAGGGAAACCUCUGCCAACGAAAGAUGCCACUUGGUAUUAGUGUGGCCUUGACCUUCCCAUCUGCCAUGAUGGCCUCCUAUUACCUGCUGCUACAGACCUACGUGCUCCGCCUGGAAGCCAUUAUGAACAGCAUCUUGCUUUUCUUCUGUGGUUCCGAGCUGCUGCUUGAGGUGCUCACCCUGACUGCUUUCUCCAGUAUGGACAGGAUUUGAAGUGCAAAAAUUUCAGCCAGCAGUCCUCAGGGGCUGAGACCACAGAUACUUCUGGUCUUUAGGCACACCAGUGAGAAGUGGUGGGUCACGUUGUCCCGGGAAAGUUGCAGCUUUUCCUCAACACAGAUAUUUGGGCAACAAACUGAGCAUCAGGCCACUGGGCAUCAUCUUCUAAACAAGGACCAUCAGCCUGAGAGACUGUUCUACACACCAGUGUAGGGAGGGGCAAGGCUGUCCCAAGCUGGCCCUUCUCAGAACCAGUUCCCUGCUGCCCUCAAGUCCUCUGUGAUCCUUGUGGCCAGAGCCUCUUGUGUGGACCACGGAGGCUCGUUGGGCUUCCAGCAGGACUGGAGCCCCACACUCCCCGUACGUGCCGUGCCACCCCUGUCACCCAAGCACAGAGAGCCUCAGGAUGUCUGCCCCUAGAGUGACGCAAAAGCCUCUCACCUCAUUCCUCAGAGACUGAGCUCCGGAACUUUUUUAGUAGCUCAUAGUGUUAUUUUUCUACUCUCAUCAUGAAACAAACAUUAUUUUAUAAUAAACAUGUAUUUUCCAUCAUGGGGGUUGCAGCCUUUUUCUUACGGCACCUGUCCCUAGAAUUUCAUCCACAAGGGAAGGGAGCGACUGUCCCGGCAGGUUUUUCUCAGGCUGUGCUCGGCGACCCAGCGUGAACGCAAAGGCAGCGAUGACUUUCUUCCCCCAGCGGUAGCCUAGAUUAAUCCCUAAAGGCAGCAGUUUCCGUAUCUUCUUCAGGCCUGUCAUCCUGUAAAAGACUCUGCUUUAUAUUCUUUGCCUCUGCCCCCAAUCCCGCAUCCCCGCGUCUUUUCCCUCCUUCCUCUUACAGACAGCUGUCAGCUGCUUUCCAGAGUGAGGCAUAAAUAAUUGGAAGAGGUAUAGUCAAAACUUGGCAGCAUUUUUGUCAUCUAGUUUAAAAUUUCAAUUUAAUGUAAAAGGAAACCCUUUUUUUUUUUUUUUAAUAAGCUGGGGAAAUAUUGUCCUAUCUUAGUACAUCAUUCCCUUCUCCAAGCAAGAGAAAUAUUGUCCUGAGUACAUCAUUCCCUUCUCCAAGCGACCAGCUUUAAACCUGUUUCUCAUCUUACUUGGUAGUGGCUUUUUUUUGUUUAUUUUUCUAAGUCCCAGGACACAUGACAGAAUUCACUUUAGAAACCCUUGAGCCAUAUGGCUCUUUGCUAUCAGAUGAAUCCUCUGAUAUCUACUCUUGCUCCCUGUAGAAAGUGAAUUGGUCUUUAAGUGUUUUCAUGCUGGUUUUUAAUUCUGCUUAUUUCCUGGGAUUGAGCUCAUUUUCAUCCUGUGAAGGUCACCGCUGUCCAAAGCACUGAGACUUUUCUCGUUUCCUACCUCUUCUGUGUCCUUGCCUCCUAGCUGCCUUUGGGGUCUAUCCGAAAGCUAUAGUAGACAGGUGUAAUCAACCACGAGAAACAGUCACAAAAAAUCCAGUGGGAACCUCCCUGAUAUUUGUCACAAACCCCGCUAAUCCCCUGACUUUUCUGCUGCUCACACUGCUUUCUCUAUCUGUGCUUUGAAGAAGUUGCUGGCAUCAAACUGGACAGGAACUUUUUCCAUGGCCUCCCCGUUUCUUCGAGAGGUUCAGUGGUUAAGGUCACUCUCCUGGCAACACAGAUAAAGGAAUGAAAGACUCUGUUGAAGUUUAGAGUUGGCUUAUAAUUUAAAACGGACCUUAGAAAUGAAUCUAAUCCCCCACCUUGCAGGCUUAGCGAUGAGGAACAGCCAAGCCUCACACACCUGGUUAAACAGCUGGAAAUAGAAACCUUGUCUGAGGAGUCUCCGUUUAGAUCAAGCAAACUCUAUUUCAACAGGUACCGCUUGAGGAAGAGAAGGAGUGGUUGAAAAUGGGGAUAGGCUACAACAGGAAGUCCCCUCAUUUUUUCAUGCUUAUCUGGGAGCUUCGUGCCUCUUGCUUCCUGUGUAUGGCUCCACCCAUGUUCAAUCUUCCUGGUGCUUGUUGGAGCCACCUGUGCGGGUGCAGUCACACCAGAGUAGAAAGAACAUCAUUCAACAGACACCGAGGCAGCAGAGGACAGGAAUGAGGACAGCUAGCCUUUCAGGGUCAGUGUGGUACAGUGGAGAGGACCUGAGUGAAGGAGCAGGCCGUGGUUAUAGGUGCUGGUAGAGACCUGCUCAGAUAUUCACACUCGUGGCUAGAGCUUGUCAAGUGACUGCAGUGGCCAUCUCUAGAGGCUGAGUUGUGGCCCAGUUCAGGAAGCACUUUGGACCCACAGAUUCAGGUUUCUGGCUCUAUACCCUGACAGCAAUGUGUAGGAGACUACUGUCCCAUCCAGGGCCUGGCAGAGUAUAUUUUAAUCCAUGCUUCGAUCCUAGGAGGCAGAAAAUCAACUUGAAUGUGAAGUCAACUUGUGUCUGAGCACAUUUAGCUUAAAAAGUAAGAGUUGGGAUUUGAGCCUAGAGUAACCCAAAGGUCAUCCCUUUCUGUACCACCAUGGUAGCUCUCCGAUGAAGGAUGUGUUUCCUUCUCUAAGCCACCAGUCCUCACGCUUUACUUUACAUGAAAGUCAUCUGGAGCUUAAAAAGUAGGUUUCUAGAUUUCACGCAGAAGUGGAUGCAGGCAGAGAAGAGGCACUUUUAGCAAGCACAGCAUGUACCUGAGACGCAGGGGACCACGUUACUGGCCUGGACUAAGCACACUUACUUCCCUCACGCUGCUUCUGGUCAUAGAGCUUCUGGGGCUCUCCCUCCCCCUGGAAGUGUUUUUUUAUGCCAGUCUUGCCUGUGCUCGUCCCAAUACUCAUUCACUAUCACCUGAUCUCUGGUUCAUCUUUUUAUACAUGUGACUCUCCUCUUGCUCACCUGGCUUUCUGGAAUUCCAAGGAACUGACUCACAACACUUGGCUGAACUUUCCAAAUGUGUACUUCCCGACGUUUAGACAGCAAUCCAGUUUCCAAAACACGUUCACGUUAUCUCUGAUUCUUAAGACACCCCUGUGUGGAAGGCAGAAUAGCUGUUCUCAGCUCAGAGGAGACAGGCUAUGCUGCUGUCAACAGCCAGGUAAACAGACGGUGGAAGCAGGCACUGCGAGCACACUUCCUAAGUCCAGGCAGAGGAAUCUUCCCUUCCUGAGCGUGAGAACAUCAGAACAUUCUCCUUACUCUGAGCAUGAAUCUUAGGGAUCUUAAAGGAUAAAGGACUUGGAAUGUUUCUUUCCCUAGGUUAGAUGGCUAAGGAAGAAGGCUAAGCCUCAAGGGGGGGCACUUCCAAAGGUUUGCACUAGAGGCCUCCUCGGUGCACCACAGGCGCCCGGGUGCCCGCCAGGCGAUUCCAGCCGAGGGCUCAGGGUUCCGCUACCAUCCCACAGACUCUCCAUCAGCCCAUGCCCACGUCCCAGACACCUCAACAAAUCUAUUCAAUGCAGAAUCCAUAAAACAGCUCACACCCCAUUUAUUAUUUAAAAAUAUUUUGUUACAAAAGGAAAAAAAUACAAUGCAGUAUAAAAGAU